AUGUUCAGAAACAACUACGACAACGACUCGGUCACAUUCUCGCCACAAGGCCGUAUUUUCCAGGUUGAAUACGCCGCAGAGGCAGUCAAGCAAGGUUCUGUCGUCGUAGGAAUAGCAAGCAAGACACAUGCAGUCCUCGUGGCCAUCAAGCGAAAUGCCGAAGAACUUUCCUCAUACCAAAAGAAACUCUUUCCCAUCGACUCCCACGUCGGUAUUGCCAUCGCCGGCUUGACCUCGGACGCGCGCGUGCUCUCCAACUUCAUGAAGCAGCAAUGCCUCGGCCACCGACUGACCUACGGCCGCGACAUGCCCCUGCGCUCACUGGUGGAGAUGAUUGGCGAGAAGGCCCAGAUCAACACGCAACACUACGGCAAGCGCCCCUACGGUGUGGGCCUCCUGGUGGCGGGCGUCGAUGACAAGGGACCCCACCUGUUCGAAUUCCAGCCCAGCGGCAUGACGGAAGAGAUGGUGGCCUUUGCGAUCGGCGCGAGAUCCCAGAUGGCGCGAACAUACCUGGAGCGACACAUCGACGAGUUUGAGAAGUGCGAUAGCGAGCAGCUGAUCUCGCACGGCCUGAAGGCCCUGAAGGAGAGUCUGGUGCAGGAUCGGGAGUUGACGGUCGAGAACACGAGUGUGGGCGUUGUUGGAGUUAAGAGGACCGAGGACGGUAUCAAGAAGGUCGAGCCUUUCAAGGUCUACGACGGCCAAGACGUCAAGGCAUGGAUCGAUGCCGUGGCUGAUGACAAGGAGGCUGGUGGAGAUGGAGAUGGUGAGGGAGAGGGCAGUGCACCGGCUGCUGAGGGCAUGGAUGUCGACAGCUAG